AUGUCACAAAGUUUUGCUGGUUUUUAGACCAGGUCCAACAUCUUUUUCCAUGACUUUUCUUUUCUUUCUCUAUUUCUUUUUUGGAUUUUUUAUACUAUUUGAUGAACUGUCAAAAGUGAUUAAAUAAAGAAUCCUUGAAGGUUUCUGCCUCAAUCUUCUAUUCUUUUUUUCCCCCUUUCUUAAAGACUAUAAAUAUAAUAAUAUUGUAUGAGAGUGAGAUGCAGAUUUUAAGGUGAGAGUAGUUCUUAUUAAAUACAGUUAUCUAUUCUCUACAUAAUAAAUUGUGAAUUUCCUCUCUGAAAAUUUGAGAGGCAGCUCAUAAAGCACCUAACUUGGCCUAGCCUUUAACUUACAAAUUUUCUUUUUGAGUAUUGGCACAAAAGAGGGGAAAAAAAACCCAUCUCCCAAAAUCCUCCUCAGAUCUCUAAUUUUCUUUCUGUCUUUCUUUAUUUGUCCACAGUUUCAAGAACCCAAUUGCAGUUUUCCAUAUAUCAUCAUCAAGAAUUGUUUUUGUUCCCCUACAAUGAGAGAUAUAGUUUCUUGUUUAAGUGAAAAUGCCAUAAAUGUAUCUCAUUCUUCUUCAUGUUCUAGCUAUUCAAACAAUGCUUGUAUCUCUCCAAGUCUAAUCCCAUCAAUCCAAAAUGCAGUCUCUUGCUUCUAUAAAAUCAUUCUCUCCACUCAAAAGCAACUCUUGGUCACAGUCACCUGGUGCAAGAACCACACAGGCCAAGACCUCAGCAUAAACUUUGCCAAUGACUCUUCAACAUCUUUCAAACUCAACACCAGCGGCGGGCUAUUCAGGAAAAAGAAAGGCAGCAAAGUAAUUGAUUCCGAUAGUUCAAAGAUUGAAGUCUUCUGGGAUCUCUCUUCUGCUAAAUAUGAUUCGGGACCUGCACCAGUUGAUGGGUUCUAUGUGUUGGUCAUGGUUGAUUCAGAAAUAGGCCUUGUUCUGGGUGACAUAGGAGAAGAAAUUAUCUCCAAGAAGCUCAAAGCUAGCACCCCAGUAGCUAAAACCAGUCUCAUUUCAAGGCAAGAGCAUUGUUCAGGCAAUACUUUAUAUGCUACUAAAGCACAGUUCUGUGAAACAGGCAUUCAGCAUGACAUUUUGAUUAAAUGUAGUGGAGAAAAUGAAGGCCAAAAGUAUCCAGUUUUGUCAGUAUGUAUAGAUAAGAAGAUGGUGAUUCGAGUAAAGAGGCUGCAAUGGAAUUUUAGAGGCAACCAGACACUUUUUAUUGAUGGGUUGCUCGUUGAUCUGAUGUGGGAUGUGCAUGAUUGGUUCUAUAACCCUGCUUCUGGUUCUGCUGUGUUCAUGUUCAGGACAAGAAGUGGAAUGGAAAGCAGGCUGUGGUUGGAAGAGAAAUUGCUGCAGAAAGAUCAAGAAAGAGUUGAAUUCUCUUUGUUAAUCUAUGCCUGUAAGAGCCCCUGAAGAAGAAUAAGAAGGGAAAAAAAAAAAAAAACUGACUUUGUUCAUCUUCUGGUUUGUGUUUAUCUUCUCCAGCCUUUGUGUUUGAUUUUAGUUUUCUUUUUUUUUUUUUAAUUUUCUUUCUUUUUUAUUUCCUUUCUUCCUGAAAGGCAUAGAUGCUUAGCAUUCUUUUGAUUAACUGAGAAAUAAUUUCACUUGUUUA